CCGGGGCUGGGCGGGCCGUCAGCCGAGCUCGCUCCGAGGCUCGGCCCAGCGUCUCGCUGCCGAGGUCGUCUCGGGUGAGGGGGUCGCGCCUGAACUGGCUGCGCGGCGCGCCUCGGUGUUAGUAAGAAGCUGCGGGAGGAGUUUAGUCAUUCAAGGGGGCGCGGCAGCUUUGGGUGUUCUUCUCAGCCCCCUGCAACAGCCAUGGCGAAAGGCCGUGUCGCCGAGCGGACGCAGACGGGGGCGCGGCACUCGACCCCAGCGGGGGACCGGGCAACGGGGACGCGCGGUUCCGCCACGCCGGGCAGCAGAGAGCACCUGAAGGACAAACCUUGUGCAGAAGCUGGCUCAGCAAGAAUGUCACUCCUUAUACUGGUGUCCAUUUUCUUAUGUGCAGCUUUUGUUAUGUUUUUGGUAUAUAAAAAUUUUCCUCAGCUUAGUGAAGAAGAAAGAGUGAAUAUGAAGGUCCCAAGAGAUAUGGAUGAUGCCAAGGCUCUAGGAAAGGUCCUCUCUAAGUACAAGGAUACCUUUUACGUACAAGUAUUGAUCGCUUACUUUGCUACAUAUAUUUUUCUGCAAACAUUUGCUAUUCCAGGCUCCAUUUUCCUCAGCAUACUCUCGGGGUUCCUUUACCCAUUCCCACUAGCCUUGUUCCUUGUUUGCUUGUGUUCUGGACUUGGUGCCUCAUUCUGCUACAUGCUCUCCUAUUUAGUUGGAAGACCUGUUGUAUACAAAUACCUAACAGAGAAGGCAGUAAAAUGGUCGCAGCAGGUAGAGCGUCAUAGAGAACAUCUCAUUAACUACAUUAUCUUUUUGAGAAUCACACCAUUUCUGCCUAAUUGGUUUAUUAAUAUAACAUCUCCUGUGAUAAAUGUGCCAUUGAAAGUGUUUUUUAUUGGCACUUUUUCUAGGUGUUGCACCUCCCUCUUUGUAGCAAUUAAGGCAGAACAACUCUAUAUCAACUUUACGACAGCAGGGGAAGCUGUUUCCUGGAACUCAGUAUUUAUUCUGAUGAUUUUGGCUCUUCUUUCUAUUCUGCCAGCCAUUCCAAAAAAACUAAAACAGAAAUUUGAGUAAAAAUUGUGGGCUUUUGUUUACACUACCAACGUCACUACCACCACCACCAUCAUCUCAGGAAUAGCAGGUGUAUCCAUUUAUGUUUUGAAAUCAGCUCUCCAGUAACUGAAAGAAGGAUUUGUAAAGUAAACUGUCCUACAAGUUUUGUCAGACUAUGAGAAGUGCUGUCAUCAGAUUUGUGGGUGUAACUUAAACAUUCAUUGUUCCAAGCAAUAGCUCUGAGAUAGCAUCCGUGUGCCUGUCUUGGGAUUCUUACAUGAAAUGAUUCAUUGAAUUGAGUGGUUUUGUGUUUUGUUUUGUUUUUUUUUCUUUUCUGUGUGACUAAUAACUAAAGUAGUGAACCGGGUACAGUGGCACAUACAUGUAAUCCCACCUGCUCAGGAGACUAAGGCCAGAGGAUUGCUCAUUUGAGACCAGCUUGAGCAAUGCCAACAAGACCCUAUAUUAAUGUAAAAUAAGGAACAGUGAAAU